GGGACACUUACGAUCUUCCUGGAUGACUGCGGUCUGCCAGAUGCCCACCGUCAGCUGAAAUCCUCGGUUUCGGAAAGCGCACAGCAGUUGAUUAAUCGACUGUUGACCAUUUACGGACUGAACGCGCAGGACUUUGAAAGUAACCAAUAUUGUCUGAAACAAAUCAAUAUACCGGCCAAGCAUGAGCGUCUCCCGUUGGAUGUCCCAGCACAAGUCUACCUCCAUCCUGAUGACAGACCGCUUCAAAUAAUGCGUAGGUCUAUGGCCCUCUACCCUAACAUCCGAACAGAACUGCGCCUGAUAAACGCUCAGGAUGCCGGGGCGAUGGGGGACGACGCCUCUUCGCAACAAUACGUAAAUAUCCCUCAACAGCGCAAAACUAGCGACAGCGGUGAUGACGAUGAAGUGCUCGAAGAGGAGACGGAAAUUAGCCGGGACAGCGGCCGGACCACACCUGGCGACCGCUCCGCCGUCCUGAUUUCACCAGCUCUCGACAUCUCCUCCAGACCACCGGGACUGGCUCCGGUCUUCCUGAAUGGUAGGAAGGUCACUGGUCCGACUCCCAUAUCCGAAGGGACAGUCAUUCGCCUUGGGCGACAUCUCAAUCUGCGCUACAUAGAGCAGCCAGCCGGGACGUCGGUGGCGGGAAUAAAUAAGCAGCGGAGUGCUAUGAGUGGCUCGACACCAGCCCUGGUUUCUAGGACUCCAGGUGAUGUACAUCAGCGUUCUGCUACCCUUGAGCCGCGACCCAAUUCUGAUACAGUUGCGAGAUCAGCCAAGGCCUCCGUCAAGGAGUACAAACAACGGGCGGCAACUCUGGGCACUUUGCCUGAUGAUCCGGAAGUUGAAUUAUGA